UAUAAGGCUACUUCACCAGGCUAAGGGAACACAGAUGGAAAGAGAGAGGCUAGCAUGUCCUCUUGGAGCCCACAGCGAAACCAGAGCCCAGGAGGCCUGAGUUCCCAUCUUUCUAGAACACUGUUCCUGCUGCUGCUCUCUGUGGUCUCAGCCCAGGAUGUCACCCCAAACCGGGACACCUGCUUGGUGUUCCAUUCGAUCAAUGGCAGCUCCGUCUCCUGCCACCCACCCGCCAAACUCCCUCACCGCUUCCCCGCUGACACAGUUUACCUGGCGGUGGAGUUCUUCAACCUCACACAGCUGCGGGCCGACACCCUCCAGGGCGCCUCUAACCUCCAGGAGCUGCACCUCUCCACCAACCAGCUGGAGAGCCUCUCCCCCAAGUUCCUGCUGCCGGUGCCUCUGCUGAAGGUGCUUGACUUAACCCGCAAUGCCCUGACCCGGCUGCCCCCCGGCCUCUUCCGGGUCUCUGCCACUCUCCACACCCUGGUGCUAAAAGAGAACCGGCUGGAAAUCCUGGAGCCCUCCUGGCUGGAGGGGCUCCAAGCCUUGGGGCAUCUGGACCUAUCCGGGAACCGCCUCCAGACGCUGCCCCCUGGGCUGUUGGCCAACUUCACCUCCCUGCGCAUCCUUGACCUCAGCAAUAACCAGUUGAAGACUUUGCCCCCUGACCUUCUGCAGGGCCCCCUGCAGUUGGAGAGGCUGCACCUGGAGGGCAACAGAUUGCGGGUGCUCGGAGAGGGGCUCUUGUCACCCCAGCCAGACCUGCGCUACCUUUUCCUGAAUGACAAUAGGCUGGCCACCAUGGCCGCUGGCGCCUUCCAAGGCCUGCGGCAGCUGGAUAUGCUCGAUCUCUCCAACAACUUGCUCACCGGCGUCCCCAAGGGGCUCUGGACAUCCCUGGGGCAGCCCACCCGAGACAUGAAGGAUGGCUUUGACAUCUCUGGGAACCCCUGGAUCUGUGAUGAGAAACUGGACGACCUCUAUGGGUGGCUCGUGGCCAACAGAGACAAGAUGUUCUCCCAGAAUGCCACACGCUGUGCUGGGCCUGAAGCCUCGAAGGGCCAGAAGCUCCUGGAAGCAGCCAAGUCCCACUGAGGCCUGGGGCCGAGGUGGUGAGACAGGCGGGGCAGCUCAGCGCACGCCACUCAGCAAAUAAUUCACCUUCAG